AUGGAUGCCCUGCACGCCGCCGGGAUCCGCUUCGCGGAGGCGCUGCAAUCCGGGCCGCCCUGGCUGGAAAAAUUCUGGAUCUCGGUGACCUCCCUGGCCGAUCCCAAAUGCGUCUUCACCGUCUGUUUCCCUCUCGCCUAUUUUCUCGACCGCAAGGUGGGGGUGUCGGUGCUGUGGAUUGGCCUGGUGUCAGAGUGGCUCAACGUGGUCCUCAAAUGGUUCUUAUUCGGGGAGCGCCCGUUCUGGUGGAUCCAUGAGUCGGGGCUUGCCAGCAAGGAGCCGGUCGCGCUGCACCAGUUCCCCGUCUCCUGCGAAACGGGACCGG